GUGUUGUAAGUUCUGCCGUUGGCAUAGCAACGAAACCAAGCAUUAGUUUGUUGUUAGUUGUGUGGUUACACGAACAGAAGCAGCAUGGCAGAAGUUGAGGAAACACUAAAGAGGAUCCAGUCCCACAAAGGAGUCAUUGGAACUAUAGUCGUGAAUGCAGAAGGAAUUCCAAUAAGAACAACAUUAGAUAACUCCACUACAGUGCAGUAUGCUGGUCUCCUGCACCAGCUGUCAAUGAAAGCCAAAAGCACAGUGAGAGAUAUUGACCCUCAAAAUGAAUUAACUUUUCUCAGGAUUCGAUCAAAAAAGCAUGAGAUAAUGGUUGCUCCAGACAAAGAAUAUCUAUUGAUUGUCAUCCAGAAUCCAUCAGAAUAGGACAUUAUCGCAAACAUACACAAUUUUGAAACUGAUCUUCACCCUUUGGAAAUAAUUUCAUUUUUAAAUUAUUUUGCAUGUACAUAAAUUGCUAUUGUAGUAUUUGAACAGUUCACGACAUGCAUGCAGUUGUUGAAUGCAUGCAGAUGUUGGCAUAUGAUAGUGUUAAUAAAAUAUUUAUAGUCAA